AUGUAUCUAUCUAUCUAUCUAUCUAUCUAUCUAUCUAUCUAUCUAUCUAUCUCUAUUAUUCUAUCUUUUCUACCUGUCAUUCUAUCUCGACCUGCUCAGAUCUUUCUUUCUUUCUUUCUUUCUUUCUUUCUUUCUUUCUUUCUUUCUUUCUUUUCUACCUGUCAGUCUAUCUCUUGUUCAGAUCUAUCUAUCUAUCUAUCUAUCUAUCUAUCUAUCUAUCUAUCUAUCUAUCUAUCUAUCUAUCUAUCUAUCUAUCUAUUUGCACUGAAUAUUUAUCCAAUACAAAUCCCACGAACCACUCAAUAUAGUGACUGUAUAGUUACGGUGGAAAGUGAGGAUCGAAGUCAUUUUUCCCUCUCCCUCUUUCUCUCUCUCUCAUAUUAUCUAUCUAUCUAUCUAUCUAUCUAUCUAUCUAUCUAUCUAUCUAUCUAUCUAUGUCUGUAUUUAUCUGAGUCUGCUCGUAUCUAUCUAUCUAUCUAUCUAUCUAUCUAUCUAUCUACUUUUUUAACCAAUGUUGUGUCUCACUCUGUUCAUAUCUAUCUAUCUAUCUAUCUAUCUAUCUAUCUAUCUGGUUAA